GGAGCCAUACCUCAUCAUUAUAAACUGCAUCCCUCUAAUCCACUCUCCCCCCUGCUCUCUCUCUCUCUCUCUCUCUCUGAGCCUCACUAUUGAAUGCAAAGCGGCUACUUUCAGAAAGCUCAGUGAAUAACCAAACACGUACGUCCUUUACUUGUUCAGCUCACAUCUCUUUCCCGUUCUGGUCAACGUAGUCAAUUCAGUCACUGAUAUCACCAACUACCACAGCUUCAACAACACCAAACAACAACUAAUUAACCAAACCAUACCAGCUGAAACAAAACACAAAAAAUGCUCGAAACCGUAAAGUACCUGAUCGGCUCCGUCGGCACCAGCGGUUACGGCUCCAAGAGCACCGCGGAGCAAGUCACCGACAGCUGCCCCGAUCUCCGCUCCAUCACCGCCAUCAUCACAGGUGCUACGUCAGGGAUCGGAGCCGAGACGGCGCGAGUGUUAGCCAAGCGCGGCGCCAAGCUAGUCCUCCCUGCUCGGAGCCUUAAAGCCGCCGAGGACGCCAAGGCGCGAGUCCUCUCCGAGUUUCCGGACUCGGAGAUCAUUGUCAUGGCGCUUGAUCUCAGCUCCCUUGCUUCCGUUAGAAACUUCGUGUCGGAGUUCGAGUCCCUCCACCUACCUCUUAAUCUCCUCAUAAACAACGCCGGUAAGUUCGCGCACGAGCAUGCGAUUUCAGAAGACGGAAUAGAAAUGACUUUUGCUACUAAUUAUCUGGGUCAUUUUCUGUUGACGAAGCUGCUGCUGAACAAGAUGAUCCAAACAGCGAAGGCCACCGGCGUCCAAGGGCGAAUCGUGAACGUGUCGUCUGCUAUUCACGGCUGGUUUUCCGGCGAUACAAUCCAAUACCUCGGCGAGAUAAGCCGGAGCAGAAGCAGCCAAUACGACGAGACACGUGCGUAUGCGCUCUCGAAGCUCGCCAACGUUUUGCACACGAAGGAACUCGGUCGCAGGCUCAGGGAAGUGGAGGCCAACGUCACUGUGAACUGUGUGCAUCCGGGGAUUGUUAGGACCCGACUCACCAGAGAACGUGAAGGCCUAGCUACUGAUAUGGUGUUCCUCUUUGCUUCCAAGCUCUUGAAAACAAUACCUCAGGCUGCAGCCACGACAUGUUAUGUUGCGACUCAUCCACGGCUGAUCGGUGUGUCCGGGAAGUAUUUUGCGGAUUGCAACGAGACAUCGCCGUCAAAAUUGGGGUCUAAUUUGGUGGAAGCUAGUCGGUUAUGGUCUGCUUCUGAAGUCAUGGUGUCCAAAGAUUCCGGUGCUAUUUUUGCAGAUCAAUUGAAGGACUAGAAGUGGGAUGAUGAUCAAUAUCCUUAUAUUAAUACUAGUAAAUAUAUAUUAAGAACAGAAAAAAGCAAUAUCUUAGUCAUUAAUUAGUCUAGUUAAUUACUUCUUAAUGUCUGUACUUAAUUAGUCUUAAUUAAUAGCAUAUAUUGCCAGAUACAGUUCUGAGUUC